AUGUCCGGAGCGUCGAUCCCCAGGAUUAUUGAAGGCGUUCAAUAUUACACGCCCUAUUUGAUUCAAAUGUUUGUGUACUUUUGGAUCGACUUUUUUAAAGCCAUUUCUCCGGUGUGGCCGAGGAAGUCCAUCAAAGGCCAACUGAUGCUGAUCACCGGUGCUGGCUCCGGCAUGGGAAGGGAGAGUGCGAAGCAGGUCAGCGCAUUACAUUUUACAAUGAGGGACCUUAUCCAGUGACAAAAAACUUACCAUUUUGCAUCCGGGAAGUAUCAAAAAUGUGGCAAAAUGCUUCCCAGGUGAAAAAACUUCGUUUUGAAGGGCUUUUUUUUAUACUUCCUGGAUGCAAAAUGGUACGUUUUUUGCCGCUGGAUCAGCCCCCCCCCCCCACUGUACCUUUUACUUGCUCUUCAAAAAUGAAUAUUAAUGGCAGAGAUACUGUUUAAUAACGAUUCCAGUUUGCUCAUCAGGGCGUCCGCCUAAUCCUGUGGGACGUCAAUGAAGAGGGACUGAACGAAACGAAAGAAAUCCUUUUGCAAAACGGCCAUGAAAAUGUUCAAAUAAUGCGCGUCAAUUUGGGAGAUCAUGAUGACGUGAAGCGGGCUGGAGCCGAAGUCCGUGACAAGUUCGGCGUCCCGGAUUUGAUCUUCAACAACGCCGGAAUUAAUGGCGCAUUCUCGUUGACUGAGUGUGAUAUGGACAAAUACGAUAAUACCAUGAACAUUAACAGUCGUGCUAUUGUAACCGUCGUCAACGAGUUCUUGAACGACAUGAUCGAACGAAACUCUGGCCAUCUGAUCACACUGACCUCGAUUGCCGGCUAUCAGGGUGCUGGAGGCCUAAUUGCGUACAGCAUGAGCAAGUUUGCGGCGGUCGGAUACAUGGAGUCGGUGCGGAAUGAGAUGAAAUCGAAGAAGGUCGAUGUCAAAUGCACUACAAUUGCCCCGUACUACGUGAAGACUCCGUUGACCCGGGGCGUCGAAUACGAGUAUGUUUUUCAGAACAUGCCGUGGAUUACAAAUUUGUUUCAGCAACUACUGGGCCCCCAUGUGCGAGCCAGAAUACGUCGUGUCGCAAAUUGUGGAAGGUGUUCUCCGGGAAUCUGAAGAAAUUUUUAUCCCAAAAUGGUCUUGGGUAUACGUCGUGCUGAAGGGGUAAGCCAAAAGAAUAUCGACCAUUUUUUUGAAAAAAGCGUACCAUUUUGCAUCCGGGAAGUUUCAAAAAUGUGGCCAAAUGCUUCCCUCUCCAAGUGAAAACACUUCGUUUUGAAGGCCUUUCUCCUCACAAAAAAAGCGGGCACGCUUUUGAAAUCGGAGUUUUUUCACUUGGAGGGGGAGGCAUUUUGCCACAUUUUUGAUGCUUCCCGGAUGCAAAAUGGUACGUUUUUUGCCGUUGGAUCAGAUCCCCCACUGUAAAUUGCGGUUCAAUUUUAAAACACUUGUUAUACAACAGUGACUUUGUUGAAGCAAGUCAGCUAUAUGCGUUCAAUAAUUGCAGAGUCCUAUCCACCCGCGUGAUGGACCUGUUCACCGAGGCCUUUGAAGUUCACACCCUGCCCAUCGGAUUUGAACGGUUCCGUCAGCAACAAGCAAAACUGAAUGGAGAAAAUGGCUUACCAACCAAUGGCGCCAGUCAUUAA